UAACAGAGUGUGACUGUAGUAGAGAAGGAGUCCCAGAAGAACGGCGAGUGGCUCCUCACGCCGCUGCUGAUUCACAUUUUCCUAUGCAAACUCUGACAAUUUGACCUGUUGGAGCGUUUAGGACGUCUGUCUGUCCGCCCUCAUAGUGUAGAAGAAUAGAUUAGAGCAGAAACAUGCAAAUGGGAGUUUAUCUUCCAGGGCAGCUCAGUGUAGAGCAGACAAUCACCUUUGUGAGACAGUCAGGCUCAUUAGUGACGGCUGGGAACAAAAUGUGAAGACAUCUGGAAGAAAAACUGGGAUGUCUUGACGUUAACAACAGAAACUAACAUGGAGAUUCAUCGCUACCUCUGGAUUCUCUCCAUGUUGACCUCUUGUGAGAGCGCGGUGAGCGGCUUCAACGACAGGUCGGGUCUGAGCGACACUCAGACGGACUGGAUGAAACAGAUCCCCGAUGAAACUCGCAUCUCGGCUAUCGCCAUUCCUGGAACUCAUGAGAGCUUGAGACUCAGUGGAGGACCGUUAGCUGCAGCUCAAGUCUGGAGUUUGGAAGAGCAGCUGAAUGUGGGGGUUCGCUAUUUAGACAUCCAUGUUGGCCUUUGGCUUCCGACCAGCAGUGAUGUCACCAUCCGAGAUUCUGCAUGGAUGUCUUUUAAUAGCAUGAGUUUACGCACAGUCUUCCAGAAGGUUUUAGGAUUCCUAGAUGCACACAGCGGGGAGACGGUGCUGAUGAAAGUGACGCUGCACAAAUUUAACAAGAACAGAGGGAAGGAAUUGGUGAAAAAGCUGAUUGAGAAGUUUGAAAGAAGAAUCUGGACAAAGGUAGCGGUGCCGCUCCUGAAGGAGGUGCGGGGGAAGAUCGUCUUCCUGCAGAAUGUAGAGUUUCCGCAGGGAACAAAAAACCAUAAAUCCUAUUUCUUUGAGUCCAACAAGCUGAGAGAUGUUGACCGAAAAAUAAAGGAGGUCCAUCAGGAUCUCUGCGGUCAUUACAUCCUCGUGACGCAGACCGUCGCUACGACAUUGGAGAAGCCGAAAGAGCUGGCCCGAUUGGUCAACCCGCAGCUCAGUCAGUUUGUGAGGGAACAUAUGCAGACCUCCACGGCGGGCUGUGUGGGCGUCCUCACUAUGGACUUCCCCAGCGCCCAUCUGAUCAGUGACAUCAUCAAGCUGAGGGUCUGCCCCUGUGGUUCGGCUGCUGGCCACGCCGGAGGGGCCCAACCUGGACCAGAACCGCCGCGCUCAGAACCCGGACCCCAAUCAGAACCAGGAGAACAUAUAGGAGAAAAGAAACCAGGGGCGGCAGAACUAGAACCACAUGCACCGGUUCUUCCUGGAGUGCCUUUCAAAAUAAAACACAAACAGGAACCCACAUGGAGAGCGCGUAACUGCCACCGGGGGCGCUAAAGCAUCUGAUCAGGAACCAACCUGCAGAAUGAAAAUAAAUGAUGAUAAAAGUUGAAACUUUUCCUGGUUUUAAUUC